GAAAAUAUAUUCAACAAAACCAUAGAAGAAAACUUUCCCAACCUAAAGAAGGAAAUGCCUAUGAAGAUACAUGAAGCUUACAGAUCAUCAAAUAGACUGGAACACCCCCCCUCCAAAUCUCCUCAACACAUAAUAAUCAAACCACUAAUCAUACAGAAUAAAGAAUAAUAUUAUGCGCUUCAUGGGAAAAUGGCUGAGUAACUUAUAAAGGCAGAUCCAUCAGAAUAACAAGCAACUUCUCAAUAUAGACUCUGAAAGCCAGAAGAUUCUGGAAAGACCUUAUGUAUAACCUGCUUUUAAAUCAUUUUUUUGUAUUGUCAGUCAGUUGUAGGCACUUGGUUAUGUAGUUAGAUGGUCAGGGGAAUUUACUGAGAGCAUCCAUCCACAUACUACAGGUUCCCAGCAUCUUCCCUGGUCCUCCUCUCCCAUCUUCCAUGUUGUCAGAUAUGAUGUUAGCCUGUGUACAUCAAAAAAAUCUAACUGAUCCAGGAGAUUCUGCUGGGCUCAGUGUUUUCUGGGUGCAUCUCACUGUUUUCUCUGAAACACUGGCCACAAGUCUCUUACAUAGGAUUUGGGUUCAGCAGGAAACAGCAUCACUCCUACCCACAAUAUCUUUGAGAAUUGAAGCCAGUUACAGGAAGUAUAUGGAGGAAGCAUUGCCUUGUCCAGAGCUUUGGUAUAGAAUUGAGUUGCCAGAGACAAGUCUUGAGCAAGAGCAUAUCCUCUUUCUGUUUUGUACUGGAUGUCUUCAUCCUUGACAGGGGUUCCGGGUUGCAGUCUGGUCUAUCCCAUGGGUGUGUCCUGCUGUGCAGACUGUAUCACCAGUUCUGUUUGCUGUUUAUGUGGAGAUCUGGUAUGAGGCUCUGCCAUGGUCCUUGGCGCUGCUCUUCUUGGACUUGGGUUUUUAAUGGCACAGAAGAUUUGGGCACAAUAUGGGCCACCACCCCAGCCUUCCAUCUGGGCAGUUCCAGGAUCUGUGAUUUCCACAGGCAGUGCUGUGACCAUCUUCUGCAGGACUCCUCCAGGAGUGACUACUGUGCGUCUAAUCAAUGAUAAAGAGUGGUUUGAUUGUACCCUACAGGGAGACCAGGAAGUGUGUGAGUUCAGUCUGAAGAAUAUGAUAUACAGGAAUGCAGGGGUUUACCACUGUGAAUACUACGAUGGAAGUAAAUGGUCCCAAGUUAGUGACAAACUGGAGCUGGUGGUGACAGGUGUUUAUAAGGAGAAGCCAUCUCUUACUGUUGAUUCAGGACUUCAGGGAUUCUCAGAAAUCAAUGCAAUUCUCAACUGCCACAUACAUGGUUCCUUUAAUAUCUUCAUCCUCUGCAGAUGUGGAAAUGCUUCCUUUCCUCAGAACUGUUCACGGCAGGACCACAACACCUUCCUCAUCUCUCAUGUGAGCCUGGAGCACCUGAGGACCUACAGAUGCUUUGGCUCUUACAAACAAAAUUCCUACUUGUGGUCACUGCCUAGUGACCCCCUUGAGUUUUCAAUCCCAGGGCAUCCACCCCAGCCUUCCAUCUGGGCAGUUCCAGGAGCUGUGAUUUCCACAGGCAGUGCUGUGACCAUCUUCUGCAGGACUCCUCCAGGAAUGACUCGUGUGCGUCUAAAGCAUUUUGUACUCGAUGGAAAGUGGUUUGAUCGUAUUGCACAGGGAGCCCAGGAGGUGUUUGAAUUCAGUCUGCAGAAUAUGACACAAGGCAGUGCUGGGAUUUACUACUGUGACUACUCCAAGGGAGGUGAAUCGCCACAAAUUAGUGACAAACUGGAGCUGGUGGUGACAGGUGUUUAUAAGGAGAAGCCAUCUCUUACUGUUGAUUCAGGACCUCAGGGAUUCUCAGAAAUCAAUGCAACUCUCCACUGCCACAUACAUGGUUCCUUUAAUAUCUUCAUCCUCUGCAGAGGUGGAAAUGCUUCCUUUCCCCAGAACUGCUCACGGCAGGACCACAAGACAUUCCUCAUCUCCCAUGUGAGCCUGGAGCACCUGAGGACCUACAGAUGCUUUGGCUCUUACAAACAGAAUUCCUACUUGUGGUCACUGCCUAGUGACCCCCUUGAGUUUUCAAUCCCAGGUCCAUCUGUUCACAUUGUGGUUUGGGUCUCAGUUGCUGCUGUUUGCUUCCUCCUGUUCCUCCUUCUUCUCUUCAUCUGCCUCUGCUGCCAUUGUGCCAAAUGCAGGGCUUCCAAUGGUAAGACCAGGAGCCAUGUGAAAUAUAAGAGUUCUAGCACAGCCAUGGACAUCGAGGAAAAACAUAAAUAUGACUUGGAGGGUAUUCAGCCUGAGGACUGUAGGAAGGUGGACACACAGGUGUCUGCAGCAGAAAACUCACAGGAGGUGACUUAUGCACAGCUAUGCCAAGAGAACUUCAGGAAUAACAUGAAUCCGCUUCCCUCCAAUACUCCUCAGGGCACAUCUACACAUACUUGUGUGUAUGCCACCCUCACAUUAUCCCAAGAGAAGAGUCAGAGCUAAGUGUUCCACUGUUUCUUCAGCACAGGGUGGCCUCAUGAAGGACACUUCUCACAUUUUUCAACUCAAGCCAUUAGCUGGAGCUCCAACGGACUCAAGUGUAGAGAAGCUUGUUAACUGCAAAGGAACUUGGAGCUUGUAAACAUUGCUCAGCAAACUUCUGAUUCCUUGUGAUUUGCUCACUCAUAGAUGUACCUGUCAAAUGUGUGCUGUGCAGCAAUCCUUCUGUACAUUGUGCGAAUAGAUGUUGCUAUGAUUGGUUUAAGAAACAAGCUGACUGGCCAAUAGCUGAACA